CGGGCGGAUGGACGGACGGACGCAAACGCUGAAAUCAGCUCGGGCGAUCGAUGCGAUAAAUGGAUGCGUGCGAUUGGUAGCCGGGAAAAUCGAUGAUGAACAGGGGGGCACCCUACCUAGCCGCGAAAGCGAGCACGGCUGCACCGCCGGAGAGGAUGGAGCAAAGACCGAAAUAUCGAUUUUUAGGCCCCUACGCGGCGGUUCGAUGCUCAUAUCUGCCCCGUGUCCCGUAUCCGCGCGAAGCGCCUUUCAAAACACUAACGACGCGUGCGAGACACACUCUGUGGUGCCGCAAAUCUUGAGGAUUAUCGUUUACAAUUAAAAUAAGAAACGAGCGAGAGAAGUGAAGCCAAGUGACGCGUAACGAAGUUCUGGCCGAUGUCGUCAGAAAAAAUGGCCAUCGCUGCUUCAGAGAAUUAUCAACUUAAAUGGCACAGCUAUGGUGCUCAUCUGCACAGCUCUGUUGCGACAUUACUCCAUUCAGAAUCCUUCGCAGAUGUCUUGUUAGCAACAUCCUGUGGCCGGCACGUGGCGGCUCAUCGAUUUGUCCUUGCCGCUUGCUCUUCGUAUCUUAGUCAUAUUUUUCAAACAUGUCAUUUCGGUGCAAACACAAACGCUCCAAUAAUUGUGGUAUUACCAACAGAAAUUGGUUAUCGUACAUUAAAAAUACUGAUUCAAUAUAUGUACAGUGGUGAAGCUACAGUAACAAAUGAUCAAUUAGAAGGUGUAUUAAAAGCAGGCGAUAUAUUACGUGUACGUGGUUUAUGGAGAUCUAAUACUGGAAGUAAAAAAGAAAAUAUACAAUCGAAUAACCAGAAAAUGGAUAGAGAAAAACGGGAGCAGCCACCUUUAACUGGUCAAAUUCAAAAAAUCAAAUUAGUUCAACCGAGCGCGGAAAAAAUUGUUGAAAAUACACAACAGAAUACACCAAUACAAAAUAAUAUUCAACCUCAGAAACCUAUAUCAGAAAGAAAGAGUAUUGAAAAAGUUGAAGAGAAAACUAGCGAACCAGAAUCUAAGAAAGUUUUGGAGGAAAAUAAAAAUAAUGAACAAAAUAAGAACAAGGAAAAUGUGGAAAACAAUGGUAAAAAAAGGAAAACAACCAAUAGUGAUGUAGAAUCUAAUAAAUCUAAAAGUGAAGAUGGCGAAAAUACUGAAUUGAAUUUAGAACUUUUAGUAAAAGAUGAACCAAUUUGGGAAGAAACUAUUGAUCCAUCAGAAUCAUUAACGAUAGAUCACGAGAUUGAUAUAAAACCGGAAAUCGUACAUAGUGCAGAUGAAGAAGAAGAAUAUAGCCCGUUAACAUGCGAUAUGUGCAGUCAAACAUUUAAUCGACCAUCAGAUUGGGUAAGACAUAUUGAAUUUACACAUGCUGAUAUGACCGAAAAUCGAAGAAAAAAGAGGAAGGGUGAUGUAGAUGACGAUAGCAAAGAUUUUCCACCUUUAAAAUGUGAUCUUUGUGGUAAUAUGUAUUCAACACCUCAAGAAUGGGUACGUCAUAUACAAACCGAACAUACAGAAGAGCAAUUAGCUCUAAUGAAUAACUCAGCACCUCCUAAACCAAAAAGAGUUCAUAGUCAUCAAAAAUUGUGCAACAUUUGUCAAAAAGAAUUUCCAAGCCAUGCGUCGAUGGUAAUUCAUCAAAGAACGCAUACAGGGGAAAAGCCUUUUCUUUGUUCCUAUUGUAAAAAAGGCUUUAACGUAAAAAGUAAUUUAUUAAGGCAUUUAAGGACAUUGCAUGACAAAUAUGUACAUCCCAGUUUAUAUGGGAGUAAUGGCAACACGAAUGCUUAAGCCUUUACAUAAUUUUUUAAUUGUACAUGUUUUUUUUUUGUUAAUACUUUAAUACUUCAUUUACAGAGCAAAUGCCACAUAACAUCUCACACUUUUUAAAAUUAUAUUUAUAGACUGAAGAACAAUAUAUGCACUGAUAAUCUCGCAUAAGCAAUUAUCAAAUUAUCAAAUUGGUCCAAAUAAUUACCGAUAGUAUCGAUGUGUG